GGCCGUCGACUACGCCAACCCUGAUUGCGUGGACCCCUUUUGCACGCAUCCACCUCACGCGCUCAACUUCAAAGCUCCCAUCCUCCCACCUCCAGGCUCCAUCAUUACACCCGGUCUCGAGGCUGUUCCUCCGCCUUCACCUAUUCCUGAGCCACAUCAGAAACCUCAUCCCACCCCGCCACACGGCCUACUGACGCCUACUCCCGCCCCACGCACGGCAUCCAUUCGCUCGCAUCAAAGCACCAUCAUCAACAUCUCAGGCUCCCCGCAAGAUAUUGUCGACUUUUUCGAUGGCAUCGGGCUCCGAUAUUCGGUCCAUCAUGGACCUGGACCCCGCUCCGUCGCCCGCAGCCAAUGGGGGAGCACUACCCACCGCGGCCUCAGCAGCACGCCCUUCGACCUUGCGAGAAGUCCGCAAGCCCAAACCUACCCGUUGGAAGAAGUCGGCUAUCAUGAGUCGAACGAGGCCACGCUGGGUAUCUCAGGCUUUCCCAGCAAAUCCCGACCGAUCCGACGACCUUCAGUUACAAAGGUGGGCACGCGCCGCUACAGCGGCCUCAGCCCCCUCCGAUACUCCGCCGUCUUCUAGAUUCGCUCGCUACAACGUGCAAGUCGAAGCACCCACCUACGAUGACGAGACGUACGAGAAGCACCUCACCCACUCGGAGUGGACAAAAGAGGAGACUGACUACCUCGUUGACGUGUACCGGGAAUGCAACGGCAAAUGGCCGGUCAUUGUCGACCAUUAUUCCUACUCCGACGCCUCCACUCGCUCCAUGGAGGACCUCAAGGCUCGUUUCUACAGCAUCUCCGCUUCUGUGUUGCAGCAAAACACUCCCAUCACCUCGAUGACGGCUCCGGAGUACAGCCUGUUUGAGAUGCUGCAAAACUUCAAUCCUCAGCAAGAAGCGGCGCGCAAGGAGCUGGCGGAGAAGCACCUCAACCGACGGCAAGACGAGGUGGACGAAGAGAGCGCGUUGCUUGCCGAAUUGCAGCGCAUCAUGAUGAGCCAAGCUGCGGUUGAUACUGAGCGGGAGGAACUGCGACGACGCCUGGACUACCCCCACGCUAACAACGGCUAUCAGUACACAACUUCUCAAGCACUCACCGGCUUGUGGCAGCAAAUGCUCACGGCCGAUCGGAUGAGGAAGAAUCAGCGAUUGCGACCUACGGGGAACCCGACGUACGACGGCUUCGGUGCUACACCCACAAAUGCCCGUCCCCGCGAUUCCAACGCCGGUCUGUCAGAGGCCGGGGGAAACAGCCAAGCGCGACGUCCAACGCGCGACUCUCUCCUCCCGGCCACGCCGCAAAGCACACUGCCCGUCGACCUGUCUGCCGCCGACAUGCUUCGCUUCGGCGUAGUUGCCAACCAGGACAAACUUCCCAGCGGCGUGACAUUUGUCAGUGAUCGCCUGGCCAAACCGCGCAUUGCCAAGUCCACCAUUCAGACGGAGAAGAUUGCAGCCAUUCUGCAGCACGCCGGCGUGCCGGAAUUGAUCCCCAUUGCGACGGCGAAGGUGCUGUCCAUGUUUGAGACGGUGAUGAUGAAGGUGAAUGGGAUCCUGGAUCUGAGGAAGUUGAAGGAGAAGGAUGAGCAGGAGAUGCGGGUGAGGGAUGCGGAGGCGGGGCAGUGAGGUUGGGUGUGUUUUGCGUAUUACCUACGAUUCGUAUAGCGAGGCGUUGGCUU